GCCUAAGUGACGUUGUUCUACAGCACGCAUGUUUCCUCCAGCUGGGGGAUGCGAGUUUAACUAAGGAAAAAUAACUAGAGGAUUAUACAAAGAAUCGACGAUUACCAUCGCAUAUUUUGAUCUGCUCAAAAGUGCAUAAGGUAAACCAUGUGUUUAGUAAAACACACGAUCCUGCCGAGAAAGACCGAGAUGAAUUUGCAAGCUCCAAGUCCUCUCUUUCUAGCCUGAGGAGAAGCCCACCAUGUUGACUUGGGAAUCACACGCAAUUGAUUUCUAUCGUGUUGUGCACGCGCUGGUGUGUUGUUACAAGUCUUGCGUGCUUAGGCCUGCAAGGCCCGAGCCACGUUUUUAGUCGUCGCAGUGCACGGCAUCGAGGCUAUUGGCAGAGAAAGAUCUCGAUUCAUCGUCUUAAUCCACUCAUAGUAGUACGGUUGGGAAAGAUAACCUACAUUACAUUCCUGCCACCACUUGGUGUUAUCAGCAAACCACAAUGUAUGCUACCACGGUCCGCCGCAAUACAGAACACAUCGACAACAGCCACCCUCGAAGCAGCGUUACCCAUGCAGAGGAAGGGAAACAACUACUCCAAGUCUCAGAGAUGCUGAAUGAAAACAUGAAAGGACAGAUGUAAGAGGGCAUUCUAACCUCGAAAAGGACUGUGACAAGUUCAUGGCUGCCAACAAGGAGAGAAUAAUGGUUCUUCAUGAGGAGGGGGCUGCUGCCCCCAUAGCACUGCCCUCGGCUGCCUCUCCCCCUGACCUCUUUGGUGUCCUAAACACAGGGCAAGCAAGUGCAGUUGUAGCCAAUGAAGAAGCAAACAUUCCAGCAACAUCCACUCCAGGUUCUGCAAUGGGUACUGGUCAAAUGGCUUCUACAUUGAACUCUGCUGCCAGGUUUAAUAACCAACCAGCGAAUUUACCACCAGAGAUCACUUACAGCGGUAUCAAGGUGAUGUUGGACAAUAACAACAUGUGGAAUGAGUUUUUCAAAUGCAAAACCGAAAUGAUAAUAACCAAACAAGGCCGGAGGAUGUUCCCUUAUUGCCGCUUUCGCAUCUCUGGUUUGGAGCCCUUCCAGAAGUACACUCUGCUCAUGGAUAUCAACCCUGUGGACAACAAACGUUACAAGUGGACUGGGCAAGACUGGCAAAUGAGUGGAAAGGCAGAGGCCCAUUUGCUGAGACAGGUUUUCAUCCAUCCAGACUCUCCAUCUUCUGGUCACCAAUGGAUGCAGAACCCAGUGUCAUUCUACAAGCUUAAGCUCACUGACAACACGAUGGACCAGGAGGGCAAUGUAAUUUUGCACCCAAUGCACCGCUACUUACCACACCUGCAUUUGGUGUCAGCUGAAACGGCUACAGAGGAUAUUCAGCUCAAUGGGCCUGACGUGAUAACCUUCACCUUUCCCCAGACUGAAUUCUUUGCUGUAACAGCCUACCAGAAUGUACGCAUGUCUCAGUUUAAAGCAGACUUCAACCCUUUUGCAAGUGGACCCAACUCCCGGGCUCUAAAGCUGAAAAUGAGUCCCUCCAAUGAGUCGGAGGAUGAAACCAGAUCUCCCAAUGAACUCAAGCCUGUGAAAGGCUUGAAUGGCCUGAAAUCUUUGAUGGCGGCAAAACGCAGAUCUAAAGACACUUCAACAGUAGAUAAUGAACUCCUGAGCCCUGAUGCUCAAAAUGAUUCCCUUGCAGAUGGUGACAAAACUGAUGGACCCAGCUCCAGGCUGAAAUCAAAUCCCUCCAAUGAGAUGAACAAAGACUCAGCCCAAUCUCCCAAUGAGCUCAUGUCUGUGAAAAGCCUGAAUAAUCUUAAGUCUUUGAUGGGGAAACGCACUUCCAAAGAUACUUCAGCAGGAGGCCAAGGACUUCUCGCUUCCGAUGCCCAAAAUGUUAUUCUUGCAGAGAGUGAUAAGUCCGGAGUCCAAACAAGUCCCUCCAAUAAAUCAAAAAAAGACACAAACAGUUCUACCAAUGACCUCAAGCCUGUGAAAAGCCUGAAUAACCUGAAGUCUUUGAUGGCAAAACGCAACUCUAAAGGCACAUCCACAGUAGAUCAGAGAGUCCUCAGUGAAGAUGCUCAAAAUGUUACACCUGUAGACAGACACACAUCUGGAGUCAACGCUAAUGGACCCAGCUUAAGCACUCCAAAGCUGAAAUCAAGAUCCUCCAAUGAGUUGAAAAAAGCAGAAACCACAUCUCCGAAGGAAUUCAACCCUCUUAGAAGUAAUCUGUCUUUGAUGUCAAAAUGCAAUUCUAAAGACACUUCAGCAGUAGGUCAAGGACUCCUGAGCUCAGAUGCUCAAAGUGUUACACUUGCAGACAGUGAAAAGUCAGGAGUCAAAAUGGAUAAACCCAGCUCCUGCAAGAAAUCAAGUCCCUCCAAUGAGACGAAGAAAGAUGAAACAAUAUCCCCCAAGGUGUGCAAUUAUGUGAAAUAUUCCCGAAAGUCUUUGCGUAGAAAACGCAACUCCCAAAAGACUUCAGCAGCAGAUCAUGGACAAAAGUCAGUCAGAAACACAGAGUCCACUGAAUUCGAUUCUUGUACAACAGGUCCUCCCCAAAGUAACUUCCCUGAGCUGAUUCGGGAGUGUCAUCUGAAAAUAAGAAGGUGCAAUGUUGAGAUAACCAAUACAACUUGCAGUGUUGAGCAAACAAACACUAAGGGCAUGGUUGCCAAUGGCAAAAUUGUGGAAGUAGCUGUGAAUGACAAUUUCCCCCAGAUUUCUGAACCUGAAGCCUUGUCCGGAAACACUAUUGAAAAGGUGGGAACACUGCACAAUGGGAAUAUGAUUGACAGUGACAAGGACCUCUUCAAUUCAUUUCAGUCCCAGGAACCGGUCAAGACCCGUGGGUCAAUCAAUGGCCAUUCAGCAAAUGAAGUUGAAAACAGUCAAAAGGCUUCCCAGAGCUCCUCAGUGAGCGCUGAAGCAAAAAUGACAGGUUUUGACGAACAGCUGCAGGGGAAGGCUAAACCACACAAACGACCUGAACCUGUGCCUUUGCCCCUUCUUGCACUCUACCUUCAACAGUUGAAGUCAAAAGCCAGAUCUGUUAGGACCAAACCAAAAUCUCCUCCGGUAUUGCCUUCGUCUUCAUCCCCAUCUUCUGCUGUUCCAACCACCGAUCCUGUUAUUCCAGCCACCGAUCAAACUGGCCCUGCCAUGGACUCAACUGGCCCUGCCAUGGACUCAACUGGCCCUGCCAUGGAAUCUACUGACCCUGCCAUGGAAUCUACUGACCCUGCCAUGGAAUCUACUGGCCCUGCCAUGGAAUCUACUGGCCCUGCCAUGGAAUCUACUGGCCCUGCCAUGGAAUCUACUGGCCCUGCCAUGGAAUCUACUGGCCCUGCCAUGGAAUCUUCUGGUCCAUCCAGAGAUUCUACUGGAUAUGCUGUAGUUCCAGCCAGUGGUCCUGCUGAUCCAGCUAUCAAUCACAUUGUUCAAGCCAUUUCCCCCACUGUGCCAACCACAGACUAUGCUGGUCUACCCACUGAUAUUUCAGUCCCAAACACAGAUUUUUUGGUUCCUGCCACAGACUCAUUGUUACCAGAACCUGACUCAGUUUUACCAACCGCUGAUCAUUCGUUUCUUGUCCCUGAGCCUACCUUAUCCAUUGCACUAUCAUCCCCCACCCCUGCAACUGUCUUAUCACCAUUCCCUGACCCAGUGUUACCAGCCCCUUCCUUGUCAUCCCCAGCCCAAGAAUUGCCACCCCCUUUACCUGUCACAUUAAACCUAGCGACUGAUUUAUCAUCACUUACCUCUGACCCUCCCUCAACUGAUCCUGCACUGUCAUCAACACCUAGUCUUGCCAACUUGGAACCUGAAUCUACUCCCUCGUUACCAUCCCCUGGUCCUUCGCGAGAUGGCUUUGUGCCAUCCUCACCUGCAUCAUUACCAGAUCUUGAACCCCCUUUACGUUCCCCUGUUUCAUUGAAACCGGAAGCCGCCGCCCCCUCCUUACCUGUACAUGCCUCCUCAUUCCCAGCCCUUGAACAAUUACUGCCCCCUAACCCUUUUGUUCUAUCCUCUGAAUUUUCAUCACAUGGAUCACUUUUAGGCCUACCUGCCCCUGAUCCUUUUUUAACAAUACCCUUUAUCCCAUUGUUGCCUUCUGCUCACCUUAACCCAUUACCCUUUGAGGCAACCUCAUUUUCCUCUACCUCUCACCCUGGCUCACUUGCUCUGGACACUGCCUUAUCCCCAUCUCCCUCGGACACUGCCUCAUCAUUCCAAGUCAAUUAUGAACCAUUAACACACCCGUCUACACCGUCUCCACUCCCAUUCCAGUUAUCUCCCUUUUCAUCGUUAGGUCCUGACCCAUUGUCACCAACCCCAUCACUGGCCGACCUCACUAACUUUUUCUCCAUCGCCGAAGAGCUUGAGAUAACUGAAGACUUUCCCAGCAGUGAGGCACCUCCUGUCCCAUGUCCUCCUGUCCCACGUUUAAGUACCCCUAGCAUACCAGUUAGUUCUACUUUACCGGUUGGUUCUAGUCAGCCAACCCAGAGAAAUAAACCCCGGAGAUCUAAGAAGAGAUCUAGGAAAGGAGUGAAAUCUGCCAAGGGUGAUCCACUCCCAGUGAUUGAGGGAUCCACAGAUGUCGCCAUGCAGCCCAACCUGGAGGAAGUUGAGGAGCAGCUGUUCGUCUCUUUCACCUCCAAGGAAGCACUUGAAGUCCACCUGGGAGAGCCUGCACUUUCUGAGACGAUGACUGCGCAACCUCAGAAAACCCUAGAGGCCACAGAGAAUGUUGGAGGACUAGAAACCACAGAGGAAAGAAUAGUAGCUUUCGAGAAGGUUCUUUUGGGUGACGUAAAAGUUAUGAGGCAUCGGCAGGUCAUUCAUCCUGUGUUGCAAGAAGUUGGGCUGAAGAUGAGUUUACUGGAUCCCACUCUGGUCAUUGACCUGCAGUACCUAGGUGUUCGUCUACCUCUACCUCCACCCUUUUUAUGUCCAGAACCAAACUCUCCAGGGUUGGCUUCUUCAAGUGGUUCAGUCCCCUUUGUUUCCAGGACAGGCAAGACCACAGACUUGACCCAAAUCAAAGGCUGGAGAGAGAAGUUUGUCCCCUCGGACUCGCCAUCAUCCUCCAAGCCUGAAGGUUGCCCAAGUUCAGAUGUGGUCCCGAAGAACUUGUCGGCCUUCUGCAGUGACAUGUUGGAUGAGUACCUGGCUAACGAAGGUAAACUCAUUGACGAGCGCGCUGCCAGUUUCACCCAGACCACCGUCGUCACUCCUGUGGUCUACCAGCUGCCCACCAAGAGCACCAGCUACGUCCGAACCCUAGACAGUGUGCUGAAGAAACAGGCACCGGCACUUUCUUCCACCUUUGUCCCCCCAUCCAAAAAACCCAGACUGCCCCUCACAUCCAAAGGACUUAAAAAAUCUGAGAAAAGGCAACAAAAACAACAAUAUUCAAACCAGAAUAGAACUAAACCAACUUCUGCAACAACCCCAACACCAUUGCCCACUGAGCCACCACCACUAUUGAUGGAUCAUGGCGCCCCCAUCUCCCACGAUGACACAAUUGAAACUGUAAAAAGGAGAAGGAGGAAGCUAAGGGUCAAGACUCCUCCACCAGCCCAAGACGUUCCUGUGUCCAGGCCAGAGGUAGAAGAGCCACCUCCCGCUGACCUGGCCCCUGUGGAAGAGGAUGACUCGGACCCAGAGGCACAGCCUGCUGCCGAGACCAAGGUCGUGGUUCCUGGGCUGACCAAGGCCCUGCUCCGACAGAGGGAUUUGGAAGAUGGGGUUGUCUGGGAGGGCAAGCAUCGGACCUGCAUCACAGACGAGAGGGCGACGGUCGCCCUCACCUCCCUCUUCACCUCAACGGGCUUUGUUUGUGAGAACCCUACAGCUCCCAUUAGGAUCAUAAAGUGCAGAGCUCCUCCCUGCCUCAAUGCGUUCUGCCGGCUGGGCUGUGUGUGUGCCAGCCUGGCACAGGACCGUCGUAUUACCCACUGUGGAAAGAUUGAGUGCAUCUUUGGCUGCAGCUGCCUCAGGCAGAAAGUGGUCGUCCUCAAGAACUUAAAAGGACCAGAUUCCAAUGCGUCAGAGGAGGGCCUGUCCAAGAAGCGGAGGAGAAAGUGGAAGAGGAUGAGGAUGGCAUAUACUCUCAGGGAGGCUGAGACGGUAUCAGAACCUGCUCCGCGUGUGAGAAUGUUGUGGAAGCAGACGGAUGGAGAGACGGACCCGGAGCCCCUCCGCGCCCCAACACCGGCCUACCUACCACGUCUUCCACUACAGGAAGAACCUUCAGUGGUGUAUUUUUCUCACGUGAGAGAGGAAGGAGGGACCAUGACAUGUGCCAGAGUGCGUGCAUUUCAAAGCAAGAGCACAAACCGACCUGAGGUCAUUGACGACCACUGCAAACCAAUAGAAUCUUCACCAGUGAACCCUUCCAGUAUGUCAGAGAAGUCGUUGUCCUGCCAUGGUCCCGAGUACACGGAGCCCUCCAAGCGUCUGGAGAUCGUGUCUAAGUCUAAGUGGAGGAGCCUGGCAGACAGGAACCUGGUGCUGCGAAUCGUGUGUGAGCACAUGGCCAAGGACCACCUCGACAACCCCUUCUGGGUCAAAGGUUACCUCAUAAAACCUGUGUCUAAGACCCUGAGAAAUGAUGGCGAAAGCUGCUCCGUUCUCUACAAGGUACUCAUCUCUCAGGUCCCGAGACCGGACGGAGUGGAGGAGAACAGUGAGGAGGAGGAAUGGAUGGGAGAGGAAGAUGAAGAAGAACUAAUGGAAGAGCAGAGAGAGGAGGAUAAAAAAGUGGAGGAGGUACCUGUCGUGGAGGAGGUACCUGUCGUGGAGGAGGUACCUGUCGUGGAGGAGGUACCUGUCGUGGAGGAGGUACCUGUCGUGGAGGAGGUGGACAACAAGGCUGUGGGGCGUAGAAAGGAUCUGAAAUGGCAGGGCCUGCCUUUCUUAACAGGAAUUUCUCCUGCUGGCCUCCUUACUGGCAACCUUAAGCUGCCAGAAAUCUCAGACCAGGAACUUAUCACGGUGAAUGGCAGGUCCUACCCCCAUGCCAAGAUACAACUGGGCAUGAUGGGAGCCAUGCACCCAGCCAACCGUCUUGCUGCUUACCUCACGGGCAAGUUACGAAGGCCUGCCUGUCUAAAGCGGUCUAUGGCGGCCGCCUCCUCCGUCCCAUCACAAAAACACACCUCAGAAACUUCUACAGGUUCCACAGAUAAACGGUCCUCUACAGGACAACCAGCCCAACUGGCAGCCACUCCUACCACCAUGGUUACCACAAGUGUUCCCUCUACCACUCCAGUUGCUGCUGGCCCCAAGUUCAUUGGUGCAAACGUAUCACCCCAAAAUGCGUCCCCCAUCAGUGGAGUGGUUACCAGUCCCCCGAUGCUCUCUGUCCCAGGGACCAGUACCUCUGUCAGAAUGCCGUGUCCUCUCACAUCCCUGACCCCUAUCAUGUCCCUGACCCCUCUCACGUCAGGUCAGAGAAUGGUGCUGCAGCCGGUAAGGAACGCCUCAGGCAACACCCUAUACCGGGACCCCAACGGACAGCUGAUUCAGCUGGUUGCCCUCAGCCAGCUGCAGGCUCUUAACCCCAACCUUGUCAUGCACAACAAGGGUGGGAUGAUCAGUUUAACCAUGCCUGCGUGCUUGACCACCAUGAACAGCUCCACCUCCUCUCUCACCACAUGGCAGAGCAAGGGCCCUGGUAGCUGUGCUUCCACCGUCAGUACUGUCCCCCAUGUCACUUUCCCAAAGACCCAGACUGCAUCCAGCACCACUUUCACUGCCCCUAAAACCACCCCUGGUUAUGAUAGUCUCUCACCCACUGUGACAAAUGGCGGGACGUACACCUUGGAGAUUGUUCCUCAGACAGGCAACAAGGAGCCCAUCAUCAUCAAGUGUCCAAUGGUGCCAGCCCAGGGCUCCUCCAAGGUGAUGCCUGUAGUAGGGGGUGUUACUGGGCUGCAGCCUCACCAUGAAACCACAGUAAUUACUGUCAAAUCCCCCACAAAGACGGUUACGAACACAGGUGUCAAAGCUGACAAUAUCUCCACAGUGACCCCCAAUGUAGACUCUAAUGUAGUCUCUGAGGUGUGUAGUUGGAUGCGGCCUUGCCAGAAAACCAAAACGCCUCCUAAAUCCACAAAACCCCCUAAAGGCCCCCAGUUUAAAUUUAUAAAAGCUGAUGCUAUCUCCCCAGCGGUCUGCAAUUUAGACCCUAAUAUCCAGCCUGAGGUGGUUAGAGUGCUGCAGCCUCCCCCGAAACUCCUCAAACCCCCUAUAACCCAGGUCACAAAGACAGGGAUCAAAGAUAACGCCAUCUCCACAGCAGACUCCAAUCUCCUUACUAAGAUGGUUCAUGUUGAUGACCCCUACAAGACGUGGGCAGGAAGACCAAAGAAGAAGAGGAAGGAGGUGGAGGACCUGGUGGAGGAUGAGUACGAUUUGGAUGAUACGGACGAGGAAACGGAUGAGAAGACGGACAUCUCAUCUGACGAGACCGAUUCUGACGAUUCAAGUGUUAAUAAAGAGGAGCUCAUCGACGUCAUCAGUAAGCAGCUGAAGCACAACGUGGAGGAGAGGCAUCGCCGUUUUGAGAUCCAUGGGUGCUUCCAGCGGCUGAGAGAGACACUGAAACUUGCCCAAAAAGCUGCCAAAGUGUAUAUCCUUAAAGAAGCGACAGAGGAGAUCCAAAUCCUGACUAAGAAAAGUACCGACGUGGAGAAGCUAAGGAGUUCACUGACCCUGGAGAGAGCAGCUUAUGUCAAGAAGAUGUCCCAGUUAACUGGAGAGUCUGAGAAGCAGAUCCUGAGGAACAUCCAGUAUGUCUGUUCCCAGCAGAAGAGUGAGGAGCUACUCGUCAACAGGAAUAUGGAAGGAGUUCCCAAAGUCUCCUCUGCUGUCUCGUCCUCUUCAGCUGUCUUGACCUGCAGUGAGGCCAGGUCGAGACCAAGACAGAGGCACAUGGGAGGAGUGACAUCAGAAAAGGAGAAGGAGGACAGGGAGGAGGUGAUGGAGGUGGUGGACCUUCUGGAGGACACGGAGGAGGACAGGGAAGCGGUGAUGGAGGUGGUGGACCUUCUGGAGGACACAGAGGAGGAGAAAACAGACAACUCCUCGGACGAGACAGAGGAUUCUGCCGAUGACGACAACAACAAAAACAACAACGUUAAAGGGGACGUCAUUAACAUCAGUGAUGUUGAAGAAAGCGCUGUAGAGGAGGAGGCUGUAGACAUUGAGAGUGUGGAAGACAAUGCACAGAAGAGCACCACUUCACAACUGAAGGCAAAAUUCGCUAAAGAAGUGGAAGGAGAAACACGACCGAAAUUAAGAGACCGAAAACAAGUCCUUGACCUGAGAGACAAAUGCGAGCGCAUUGAAAAACUGAAGAGCGGGCUGACCAGGGGGAGAGCUGGUGAUAUUAAGAAAAUCUCAAAGAAAUCUGGAAAGACAGAGGAGCUCAUCAUCAGGAAACUGCAGGACAUCUCGACCAAAAGGAAGUGGAGAGGGCCCUCCUCAACAGCGUCCUCGUCAUCGGUCUCGCCCAAUAAAACAAUUUCACUCAGGAGCGCUCGACAGUCUGAGCCAAAGUCCCUGGCCCCCGGCCUCAAGUUAAAGGUCGUAGCCACCCCAGUCCCCCACUCGAUCCCCCAAAAGCCUGCGCCCCAACGACCCAAGACAAGUCCCAUCAUCACACCACCUUCCAGUAAACACCCCUCAACGUGGCGUUCGCCGGGUGAAAGGACCAGACCUAACAUCCUGUCUCGCAGAAAAAUACAGCCUGCCCCAGAUUCCCCACCAGUUCAUGCUGGGUUUCUCCCUCCUCAAAUGCUGUCUAUAGUGGGUGGAGUGAUAACAUCUCAGCAGGUGAGCGCCAUGCAGCCUGCCCGUUCUCCGUUGCCGGUAGGACGCGUCACUGGAAUCGAAAUGCAACGGUCUCAAACACCAGGUGUCGCUUCGGUCACCAUCAUUAUCCCCUCAAUGUCCGAACCCAUUUCUCUCACUGGAACUCGUAAUAACCGCAACCAGGGAGUUCCUCAUUUCUCCGAUGUCAUUUCAUUGGUUAAAGCGCGACAGAACCAGUCAGCCCCAGGUGUGUCAGGGGGAGCUCCGAGGAGGCCAUCCCCAGUGAAGGAUAGGGGCAGUGGGUUGGAGUACGGAGAGGUUCUGGGGAAGCAGCUGGACCACGCUGUAGACAGUGUAGGGAUCAAUGACACAGAUGGAAACUCUGAGGAGGACGAAGACAAUGAAGAUGGUAAUGGUGAAGACGACAGCCUGACAUCUCUCCUCAACGAGAUCUUCAUCCUCAACCAGCAGAUUACCACAGACAACAACAGCAGCCCCAGAGGUCCUCCAGUGGUCUCCCGCAUACCACACACCGAGCCUGGGCACGUGGGGACUGUGAGGGUACCCACACCUCAGACAGACGGGGUGCUACCACCACCAAAGACAGAGAAGGCGAUCAUCGGAGAUGGAGAUGACGAGCGCUCCCUCAGCCCCUUGUUCCUGAGACUGGACGAGGACAAGGGUCAGGAAGAGACUUCCAAAGGCCCAGGUCUGCCAGUACCACAGGCAGAGGAACUUAAAGUUGGUUUUGGAUCCAACCUGAAACCAUCAGAGACCGCUUCUGUGUCUGCUCCUGCUGUCAAUGGGCACAGCCAACAAGCAAAAGCAGGCACUACAAAAGGUCAAGAUGUACUGCAAAAAGCACUGACCACGCCGCUGCUGCAGAUGAAAGUUGGAGGAGUGGCCAGGGUGAUGGAGUCCAAUGAGAAGCUGGCGGAUGCCCUGGCACCGCCACCACCACUUCAGAUGAGCGUUGGAGGCGUGGCCAAGGUGCUGGAGUCCAAUGAGAAGCCGGGGGAUGCCCUGGCACCGCCCCCACUGCUGCAGAUGAGGCCCAUGCCAAGACUAGCCCCACGAUGACUAAAGAGCAACCCUCGGACAUAGAACUAAGCACCAACUCACUUAGGCCCAGGUCAACAUUGUAGCCAUCUCUCCUCAAUACCCCCAUUCACAUAGGUCGUAUUCAUUUGGCACCAAACGGACAAAAACUGACAAAUAGGGUGAGACUACUUGAACUUGUCCAAUGAGAAACGUUCGUUUUCUGUUGCAAAGCAUUUCGCUACAGUGUGACGUAAUGAAUAUGACCCUUCUGGCUAAACCAAUCAUGGGUUAACUACAUUUACGAACAUACAUUUAGGAGAUCCUUGUGAAAAAAGUGAUUUUGUUUUGUUUUAGAAGCGACACUACCUAACGGGCGUAUCGGAAAGACUGACAUGACACUGUUCUGACAGUCAGGAGUUAUGUUUUUCUGUUCAAAUCUCUGUUAUCUAGACCUGUAUUCAUGAAGUGUCUCAGAAUAAGAGUACAGAUCUAGAAUCAGUUUAACCUUUUAGAUCAUAAUGAAUAAGCUCACAUGGAUCUGAUCCUAGAUCAACACAUCUCUAAGACACUAUACAGGCCCUGAACUGUUGCUUUUCUUUCCCUCACUUUAAAGAGGAGAUGCAAUGAAUAUUGUAUAAUAAUAAGCUGCCAGGACCUUGGUACAUUUAAGGGUGUCGAGUAUGUUCUGCCUUUAAGGUUUACACACAUCGCACUGAAUGUGGAUCUGUUGUUUACCGAUUGUUGUUCAGCACGCUGUUGACGUCUUGUCUGACUGCCGACAUCUUCGCGCACGUUUUUAUAUGUAAAACCGGUUUGCACUCGGUUCACAGGUACUCUCAGCAGACAAAUGCUAUUGGUGUGUUCGAGCCCUUGGAGUAUAUUAUUUGUUCUAUCAGAGCAAGAGGAUUUGUAGACAGACAUCUGAUGGUGUUCAUAGUACAGUACUGUUGUGUGUGUGUAUAGGGCCUCUGAAAAAAUCCUGUCUCCAUAUUGGAGUGGGUGAUCUCUAUUUCUUCAUGUUUGUAGUGACUUCACCUUUAAGGAACAUUUCAUCCGUAAUUAUAUUCUUUUUGUAUGGCACACUUUUCUACACUAACUACUAACCACUCAGUUUGCAGCGCGGACAACAAAUCUCAACAUAGAAAAGCCUUGAUAAAUAUUAUCAUAAUAGGUCCCUGUAGGAUGGACAGGUCGUUGAAUCUGCAGCGCUUGUGACCUUUUUCUAAAGCAGCUUCACUUCAGUGAUGUAUGUAAUAAUUAGACCCUGACAUUCACUAUAAUAUUAGUAAAAAUCACUAUGCCAGUGUUCUAAAUGGCACCCUAUUUCCUAUAUAGUGCACUACUUUUGACCAGGGCCCUGAUCAAAAGUAUACUAUAUUGGGAAUAGGGUGCCAUUUGAGAGAAUUUGUGUAUUCGAGGUUGAAUUGGGGGAAAUGAAAGCUAUCGUUGCUGUAAUAAUUUUUAUGCUGUUAAGAGGUAAAGCUUGCGGAAUUAAAAGCCAGCCAUCUUGUUAAACUACAUCAAGACCUGUUUGUUAGAACCAUAUAAUCUAGAUUGAAUUUCUGUAAAAACUAUAAACUCCAUUUUUUAUAAUAGGCCAUGUAAAUAAUGACGUUUUUCCACUUUGAGGACGAUGGUUGUUUUUUGUAAAGAUAUUUCUGAUGUUUUUAUAUGGGGUCAAUAAUCGUUACGUUUAGGAUGUUGACGUAAGAGAAAGGAAGAUGCCUUGAAAUAAAAUAUAAUAAUGAA